AUGAAUGGCUUUGACACUAAAGGCCUCGAUGAGGAUGCCUUUGGGGACAAGGGCAGCCUGUCAGGUCUGAAGACCUUUGACGCUUUCCCUAAAACCAAAGCCUCCUAUACAACACCCACCACCCGCGGUGGCCAAUGGACUGUGCUCAUCCUCGUCAUUUGCACCCUCUUCAGCUUCACUGAGCUCAAAACAUGGUGGCGUGGAACAGAGCAGCACCACUUCAGCGUAGAGAAGGGGGUCUCGCACGACCUCCAGCUCAACCUCGACAUCGUUGUCCACAUGCCCUGCGACACGCUCCGCGUCAACAUCCAAGAUGCCGCGGGCGACCGCAUUCUCGCUGGCGAACUGCUUCAGCGCGAAGAAACCUCCUGGGCCCUGUGGAUGCAGAAGCGCAACUACGGCUCGCACGAGUACCAGACGCUCAGCCACGAAGAGGCGGACCGGCUGAGCGCGCAGGAGGAGGACGCGCAUGUGCACCACGUCAUGGGCGAGGUGCGGCGCAACCCCAGACGCAAGUUCGCGAAGGGCCCGCGCAAGCGCUGGGGCGAGAAGGCGGAUGCUUGCCGGAUUUAUGGGAGCCUGGAGGGGAAUAAGGUCCAGGGGGAUUUCCAUAUCACAGCACGCGGGCAUGGGUACCGGGAGCUCGGGGAGCAUUUGUCGCAUGAGUCAUUCAACUUCUCCCACAUGAUCACCGAACUCUCCUUCGGUCCACACUAUCCCAGCCUGCUCAACCCCCUCGACAAGACCAUGGCCGAGAGCCCCAACCACUACCACAAAUUCCAAUACUUCCUCUCAGUCGUGCCAACCCUCUAUACAAAAGGUCGUUCCGCCUUCGACGCGUACACUCGCAACCCCUCCGCCAGCACGGCGCGCUACAAUCGCAACGCAAUCUUCACAAACCAGUACGCGGCUACCAGCCAAUCGGGCCCGAUCCCCGAGACACCGUACCUUAUCCCGGGGAUCUUCUUCAAGUACAACAUUGAGCCGAUGUUGUUGCUGGUCAGCGAGGAGCGGACAGGAUUCUUGAACCUGAUGAUUCGGAUGAUUAAUACCGUAUCGGGUGUGCUUGUUACCGGGGGUUGGAUAUACCAGAUUUCGGGGUGGGUGGGUGAGUUUGUGGUGAAGAGGCGUAGGCAAAGCGAGGGUGUGUUGACGGGCAAGCACUAUACGGAUUGA